GGCCCGGCUGCGGAACCCGGAGAGCAGGCGGUGUGGCUGGGGCUCGCAUUCAGAGAGCGACCAAGGAGCGGAGACCUUCCACGGUGCGCUCCUCCACAGUGUAGGUCAUAUAUGGCCGUCCUUCUUUGUUGACAAGUCUUAAAUAUCUGUGUCUUUGAAGUGACAAGAGGAAGUCGGCGCUUACAACAAGAAGAUUUGACUGUUUUCUGAGUUUUGGCUGAACUACAGACUUCGGACUCUUGGAUUAUUCUGAAUUAUUCUGGUGGACUCGUGUAGUUAAAGGCAUUGCUGUAUAAAUACAGCUUAUCCCCAAAGUUUGGACCGCUGUUACGACACUCUUCUCCCUGUUUUUCUAAGGUAUGCCUGUGGUCCUCAGUGUGUCUGCGGACACGUAAUCAGGCGCGUUCCUGUUGUCAUGGCCUCCACAACUACGCGGCUCCUUCUCGUCACGGUGAUCUCUGUUCUGGCGGAGUUCGUCGUCUCAUCAGAGGAUCAUAAGUGGCACUUUGAUCCAACUCAGUGUCGCUACGCCCUGGGGAUGGAGGACGGCACCAUCCCAGACUCUGACAUCACCGCCUCCAGCGCCUGGUCCGACUCCACAGAGGCCAAACAUGGAAGACUGAGCACCGGGGAAGGGGAUGGAGCGUGGUGUCCGGCAGCACCAGUCUUCCCCAAUGAGUCAGAGUACCUUCAGAUCGACCUCCACAAACUCCACUUCGUGGCUCUGGUUGGUACCCAAGGUCGGCACGCUGAUGGUCAUGGCCAAGAGUUCGUCCGCAGUUAUCGGCUCCGUUACUCCAGAGACGGAAAGAAAUGGAUCACUUGGCAGGACCGCUGGGGACAAGAGGUGGUGUCAGGUAAUGAGAACACCUAUGAUAUUGUACUGAAGGACCUCGGCCCCCCGAUUGUUGCCCGUAUGGUCCGGUUUUACCCCCUGGCCGACCGUGUGAUGAGUGUUUGCCUUCGGGUGGAGCUCUACGGUUGUGUGUGGAAUGAUGGAUUGUACGCUUACACGGCUCCGGUGGGACACGUCAUGAACUUGCCCGGCAUGCCGGUCUAUCUAAACGACUCCACUUAUGAUGGCAGCACAGAACAAGGUAUGCAGUUUGGAGGCCUUGGCCAGCUCUGUGACGGCGUCCUGGGAGGAGAUGACUUCAUAGAAACAAAGGAGCUGCGGGUGUGGCCAGGGUACGAUUACCUUGGAUGGAGUAGAGAAGCCCUCGGGCAAGGCAGCGUGGACAUCGAGUUUCAUUUUGAGAAACCCAGAUGCUUCAACAAUAUGCAGGUUCACAGUAACAACCGGCACACGCAGGGCGUGCGAGUCUUCAGCAAAGUAGAGUGUCUUUUCAAGCCUGGCCUCCUUCAGCCCUGGUCUUCUCCGGCGCUCAGCCUGCCGGUUCCCCUCGAAGAUCUGAAGGACCCCUCUUCACGACCCAUCUCCCUCCCGCUUGGUGGCCGGCCAGCUCAGAUCCUCCGCUGCAAAUUUUACUUUGCAGACCGCUGGUUGCUCAUCAGUGAGAUAUCAUUCCUCUCUGAACCAUUUGAAGAGGAUGAGACGGACGCUGAUUCAUUUCUUCACAAUCGUCGAAAGUUUCCGGACCCUAGUCCGACUCCUCUGAGGAAUGUCACCACCUCUGUUCCCACAUCGAGUCACAGCUCAUUGAGCACCAGCUCCAAGCCGUCUGAACCCCCCACCGCCACCACCCUCAUGAUGGAUACCACUGCUAACUGGACGCUGUCAGAAUUUGCUGCCUUUACUCCGAGGGCGGGACUUCCUGUAGCCAAAGAUGACGGCAGUAACACAGCUAUUCUGAUUGGCUGCCUGGUGGGCAUCAUCCUGCUGCUGUUGGCUGUUAUAGUUGUCAUUCUAUGGAGGCAGUACUGGAAAAAGAUUCUGGGCAAGGCCCAAGGCAGUCUGUCCAGCUCAGAGCUCAGAGUCCAUCUGUCCGUCCCCUCGGACAACGUGGUCAUCAACAACACACACAGCUACUCGAGCCGGUACCAACGCAUACACACUUUUCCUGACGACCGGGACCAUGACAGAGAAGCAGAGGGGGAAUAUCAGGAGCCCAGCGCUCUGCUGCGGCCCAGAGACCAGAGGGACAGCACCACCUUGCUGUUAAACAAUCCGGCCUAUCACGUGCUCCUACCAGAUCACAGAAAAAGCUCCAGAGCCGUAGUCGUCACAAGAUCGGCUCAGGCUCAGGAAAAGAGCCUGAAUGUGCCCCAGGCUUGUGGUUUGGACUUGGACCUUGAGAAAGGCUUCCCCUCUGCACACGAGGAGCCCCCUCCCUAUCCGGGGUCGCCUCCUUAUCCGUCUCUGUCUCCCCCCGUCUCCCCGCCGCUGCCUCCCAGCGUCCCGCAUUAUGCAGAGGCGGACAUCGUCAGUCUGCAGGGGGUCAGCGGCAACAACACCUACGCGGUGCCGGCGCUGGCCUCUUCCAGUCCUGGUGCCGACGCUCUCCCGCUGCCGGAGCUGCCGCGCCAGUGUCUCGUCUUCAAGGAGAAGCUGGGGGAGGGACAGUUCGGGGAGGUUCACCUGUGUGAAAUAGAAAACCCUCUGGACCUCCCGAUCCUGGAGUUCCCCUUUAAUGUGAGGAAAGGACGCCCUCUUCUGGUCGCAGUGAAGAUACUGCGCCCAGACGCCUCAAAGAAUGCCAGGAACGACUUUCUGAAGGAGGUGAAGAUCUUGUCUCGCCUGAAGGACCCAAACAUCAUCCGGCUGCUGGGAGUGUGUGUGAGCAGCGAUCCCCUCUGCAUGGUCACCGAGUACAUGGAGUGUGGAGACCUGAACCAGUAUCUGUCCCAGCGUGUCCUGCUGGACAAAACUGGGCCUUCACACAAUACGCCGACCAUCAGUUAUCCAGCGCUCAUCUCCAUGGCCAGCCAGAUCGCAUCAGGGAUGAAGUUCCUGUCGUCUCUGAACUUUGUGCACCGGGAUCUGGCCACUCGUAACUGCCUGGUUGGCGGUGAGAAGGGAGAGAGCGGAGAGGAUCGAGGCGGAGAGCGUCACAUCAAGAUCGCCGACUUCGGCAUGAGCAGAAACCUGUACGCUGGAGACUACUACAGGAUCCAGGGCAGAGCUGUGCUGCCGAUACGAUGGAUGGCCUGGGAGUGCAUCCUCAUGGGGAAGUUCACCACAGCCAGCGACGUGUGGGCGUUCGGGGUCACUCUGUGGGAGAUGCUGAGCGUUUGUCAGGAGCAGCCGUACUCCGACCUGACAGAUGAACAAGUCAUCGACAACGCAGGGGAGUUCUUCAGAGACCAGGGCAGACAGGUGUAUCUGAGCAGGCCGGCCGUGUGUCCUCAGGGUCUCUAUGAGCUCAUGUUGAGCUGCUGGAACAGAGACUGCAAGCUCCGCCCAUCUUUCGCCAACAUCCACUCCUUUCUUACCGAGGACGCCAUGAACAUGGUUUGACGGAAGAACGACAGGAAGAAAGUUGACCUUUUCGCUUGAGCGGUGAAGUGGGCUGGUGUGGUGGAGGGUGCGUUCACAGGCACAGUGGGGUUGCUCGCUUUUGUAUUUUGUACGUUUUGGGCGGGUGGGGCUGAGACACCGCUGGUUCGGUUUUUAUUCCACCUCAGACCCCCAAAAGACGUCUUUUUAGUAGGUAACGGCUACGUUGCGUAGUAACUGGUGGUGGGUUCAGUCUUCAAAUCAAUUUUCCGUAAUUUCAGAUCAUCUCUUCUGAUUUGAUGCUGCAGAGUUAAUGUGCAGGAAUCAGUGGCACAAAUUACAGCUUCAUGUGUGAAACCUUCAGCAUUUUAAAUGUUAUUUGUGAACUAACAGGUGAAUACGCUCAUAUCACGAAGAACACCUGUUGUUUGGAGGUGAAAGGUCACGCAGGGAUUGUCUUAGUAUUUAUAGCCCACAGCAUGAACUGUAACUCAGUGAGCUUCCUCCCAGCUACGUCCCUUUCGGCCUACUUUGUGUUACGUCUCUUCAUUUGAUCUCAGCCCCACGUUCUCGCCCAGUGACCCACAUCCACAGUGUUUGUGGGGAAAUAAAGAGCCGUGGACCAGGCAGGAGCAGCCUCACCGUUUCGUCAGCGUGAACACGUUGAGUCUCCCGUCUUUAAUCGGAACAAUCUGACCUCCAGCCUGCACCCGACGCCAAACAAGAGGAAAAAGGUUCAGAAGAUGAGAGUCUACAGCUGCAAAUUAACAAAUAAUUGUUUUGUUUUUUCUUCCAUCAGAGAGACGCUGCUCUGGGACUCCUUUUCAGGCACUUUGUCAGGUGUUCUUCUUAUCAUCGUUUCUUUAUUUGACUGUGACUCGGUCAGAAAGGAUCGAUUUUAAAAUUCCACAAAUCAGCAGCACUUUACCCUACAUGAAUCUCCCUGACUGUGAUGAAACCCGUCUCUGUAAUGGGUCUGAAUGAUGAUUCCUGAUUCUGAUCAGGACACACAUCUCAAACAUGCACACUCUCCUGUUAAAAUGCCUGGCUUUCGUUACCUAAAAAAUAUGAUAAAUUAUUUAAAAACUAGGUUGUUGUUUUUUUUUACCUUUAAAUGGCAUUCAUCUUGUACAUUUAAACUAGAUAAAUAGAAUGAAAUCAAUGAAAGUAGAAUAUAUAUAUAUAUAUAUAUAUAUAUAUAUAUAUAUAUAUAUAUAAAGCUGCAGUAACCUGUGCACACCUUUUUAACAAACUUUUAUUUUUAUUUUGUUUAAUAGCACAUUCUUUCUCAAGGUUUUGUCAGAUUUUUACCCAGGCCGGGAUUUUUUCUUUGGACAAAAUUACUUCUGUCUUCCAGCCGUACUCCUUGGUCCAUCAUGUAGAGAAAUAAAACCUCCUGCAGCUUCUCCUGUGUCACAACAGUAAACUGAUAGAACCUUACAGAAAACUGCAAAGAACCUUAUUAAUUGAUCACAUUCACUGUAAUUGACUAAAUCCUGAAAUUAAAUCAAAAUGCUGCAGCUUUUCUUUUUGCACAUUUUCACUCCUAAUAAAUUUGUUUACAAAUAUAUGGAUUGACAUUUUUUUAUGGCACAGAUGUCCGGCAUGUUAGCAGGAGUUGUGAAAAUGUCUGAGACCUCCUCUCCCCUCCACAGCUCUGCCAAACCAUUAGAUGUAAAAAAUUGUUUUAAAAACCUGGAGUGGCAUUCUGGAUUCGAACAGCAAUCCUGUGUAAGCUUUCAGAGCGCUGAGAUGUUACUGAUCUUAUAAUUUUCUUUUAUAUCACUGUAAAUUUAUGGCAUUAUUCAAACGGGGAAUUCUGGGAUUCCUAAUUUUUAUUUUUUGUUUGUUUUUGUUUUUUUGGAGUGAAAGUCGAUCUCUGCGUUGAUCCAUGUGUGAGCUGACCGCGGUGGAACCAGUGCUUCUACCUUACUGUCUGUACAGCACUGUAAAUCUGAGAUCACCCUGAUUGUGAAGUAAUACAUGUUUAGUGAUUGGUUGUGCCAUUUCAUUCAUUUUGAUACACUGUAGUUCACUUUUUCUUUUCUUUUUUUUUUUAGCUUGAUUAUAGUAAAAAGUAUGUACACUCACUUUCAGUUUAAGGGAUUUCAAAAGAUGCUGUUUUUGGUCGUCACCAGAUUAUUUCCUGAAAUGAACAAAAUCAUAUUACUGCAUCAUUAUUUAUGAUUGAGAAGCUGUAGCAGCAAUAGCUUGAAGACCUCCAUCCUGUUUGGGGUGACUUGGUUCACUUUUUGAAUUUGCCACAUUUCUCCAUCUCAAUUGUGUUCAGGCUUGGAUGGCAAAACAUUUUACAAGUAUUUACAAAAUAAAAGUCGAGGAAUAUAAAAUAAAAUGGCAUGAAAGAAUAAGAGAAAGUUGGCAAAUAGAGACUGUGUAAUGAAUGUAUUGCCAAUUUAUAAGGAGGAUUGUCUGGUGAAGAGGAGGAAGUCAGGAGAAAUGUUGUUCGUGCAAUAGCUUGGAGACUCGGCAAACCAGCAUCCUACACAGGGGCUUAAAGGUACAGUUUGAUCUACAACAUUAUCUCACUUCUUCUCACUAAAGCCGUAGUGAACCACUGGCCUCAAGGUGGCGCUGUUAUACCUUCAUCGUCCAUAUAUGGAAGUGCUUCCUGUCAUUGAUGGUUUCAACUCAAAAUGUUUGUUUUUAAAAAAGUGUGUUUUAAAAUUACUUUAAACAAAAUACCAGAAAGCCUGAUUGAUUUGCGUUUCAUGCUGGUGCAAGUUUUAUCCUCUCUAACGUCCUGAAACAAUAUUUCAGUGAGCCAAACCAGAACGAAGAUAUAUAUAUUUGAUAUUCAACAGGGCAAUGACUUGAAUUAUUACAGUGAAUUAUUUCAAAAUUUGACUGAAAUUUCAGGAUUUCUUAGCUGAUUUCUUUAGACGCUCCUCAAGCAGUACUGCACCAGAUGUUUUUAGCAUAAGCUCUUUUAUUUAAUAGACGAAAGGAUCGAUAGCCAUAUAAAAUGUCUAUUCAAUAGUUGUUCAGCCUGCUAAUUAUGUUAUAUUGAAGAUCCCUCGUCCAGAUUGAUGUGUAAAGUCUGAAAUGGUUUUAUUUGAAUUACCUGAUUCCAAAUUGUGCAGAAAUGGUUGUAUGACUCUUAAAUUUCAUCCAUCCAUCCAUUUUCUAACACCCUUGUCCCUAGUUGGGUCGGGAGGUUCUGGUGCCGAUCUCCAGCUAACGUUCCGCGCGAGAGGCGGGGUCACCCUGCACAGGUCGCCAGUGUGUCACAAACUCUUCAGUUUGAUGGCCAAAAACAUGUUUUUUCUCAGGUCGCUGGAACCAUUACACAUUAAACAAGCUGCUAAAACUUCAGUUUUCACAUAAAUACCUGAUCAAAUAUAUUUGUUUAGCACUCGGUUAAUUCCCACAUGCCGAGUCUCUGCGGUGUCUCGAUUUAUCAAAGAAUGGGUCUCAGUUCAGGCUGU